AUGCCUGAACCAGAUAAGCACGCCGCUGCGCAACAAGCCGUAGAUAUUCUCCAUGAGAUCUCUACUAUCCUAAACUGUCACCUUGAUCGCCGAACUCUAUCAAUCUGCAUCUCGAUGAUUGAGCGCGGAGUGAACCCAGAGGCUUUAGCGCAAGUUAUCAAGGAACUCAGACAAGAGGCCCAGCAACCUGCAGCCACGGCAAGGCGACGUUGA